UUUCUUGUUUUGGCAAGUAAGCAGAUUGGUUACCAUGGUUGUGGGUUGUGUUGUUGCCUGUUGGCUUGUUUCGCCAUCUCAAGACACCUUUUGUGUCCUAAGUAACUGACUGGCUUCCAUUUGAGGCAUCUCCCAAGUUGGAGAUUCUGCAAUAAAGCUUUUUGGAGCAGAUAUUCGCAAUAUUCUUCAUUUUCCCAUUAAGCCAACCACUCACUUCACAGAUUUCCAACUCUCUUUGACUCAGUGUGAGAUUCAGCGUCUGCCUCAACCCAUCAUCAUCAUGAAUGGACUCCAAGAAUCAACUAACGAUGAAGUGGAUGUUCCAUUGAAUGAAGUAUCUAGCAAACAGAUUGAUCCUCAAGAAGAUGGUAAUAGUGCUCCAAACAUUUACAAAAAUCCUACACUGAAACUGGUGGCCAAAGUAGUUAAUGGGAAUAAUGAGCAUAGGAAUGCCAAAAGAGAUAUUGAUCAUCAAGAAAAAGUUUUGAAGAGGGCAAACAAGGUCCUGCCUUGUCCUCGUUGCAAUAGUUCGGAGACAAAGUUUUGCUACUUCAACAAUUAUAAUGUUAACCAACCUAGGCAUUUCUGUAAAAAUUGCCAAAGGUAUUGGACAGCUGGGGGGACAAUUAGAAAUGUUCCUCUUGGGGCUGGUAAGCGUAAGAAUAAGCACUCGACUUUGCAGUAUUGUCUGAUACCUGUGACUCCUGAUGCUGCAUCUGUCAGCCAGACAGAUUCCAAACCUGCUAGUGAUAUGCUUUUAUCAUCUAGCAGACUUAUCAAAGGGAUGGAGAACAUCUCAAGUCUCAGGGAGGAAACUCCUCUUAGUGAAUCCUUAGAAACUGUGUUAAGUCUCAAUGGCCAGACAAAUAUUGAAAUGGCCUCUUCCACUCUCAAAGAUGAUGCUGAGGAGUCUUCCUGCUCUUCUAUGAGAUCUAAUGAAGUAGAGCAGGUUUGUUUGGCACAACACUCUUUAGUUCCUUUACAAUCAUUUCAAUAUUAUCCUGUUCCUUCAUGGUCUUACCAAUGGAAUCCAUGUUGGAAUGUCAAGGAGCUUAGGCCUAGAAGCUUAAGUUCUAGACCUGUUUACACAGGUUCUCCAACUAUGAUUGCAGUUCCUGGCUUCUCCUUACCAACAGUAAUACUUCCAGGGGUGCCUUAUUCAUAUUCGGGUUUUAUGUCAAACUGGGAUGAACAAAAGGAAGAUGCUUCAUUGGUUGGAUCUGCAUUUAGUGGCAUAUCAUUGUCUCCAUCUUCAGUUAGCAACAGUACUUGUUCAGGUAAUAGGUCCCCAACCUUGGGAAAACAUUCUAGAGAUGGAAGUACACUGGGGGAAGAUGCAAUGAAACAGAAUCUUUGGGUGCCCAAGACUGUAAGAAUUAAUGACCCAGAAGAGGCUGCAAAUAGUUCUAUAUGGUCAACUUUGGGAACAAAGUCUGAACAGAACAAACUCAUUAUGAAAGGAAGUAUUUUUAAAUCAUUUGAACCUAAGGCAAGUGCCAGUUCUCAUAUUUUAGAGGAUAAUCAAAUUCUAAGGGCCAACCCUGCAGCUUUCUCGCGCUCUGAGUCUUUUCAGGAAAGCAUGUAAAAUCAUGUAUUUUGUUCCAGUUUUAUGGUCAGCUCAACCAUGUCAAAUUUGUUGGAUGAGGCACAGAAGACUUCUGAAAGUUCAUUUCUGUCAUGGAUAAUUCCAUCUAUUGAUGUUAAAGAAGAUAGCCAUGUCAAGAACCUUGAAGAAAUUUUAAGCUGUAUGUUCGCCAGUCAAUAAGAAUCUCAACCUUGUGUCACCAUUUGCUUCAUGGUAAAGUAAGAGUCAUGGCAGAACUUGAAAUCUGACUGAGGUAUGAUAUUUAGGCUUCAAAACAGUUGCAAUCAAGAUAUUACUCCUUUGAGUUGAUUCUUUGUUUAAUUUGAUCUUCAUAUUUUCAUCAUUGUCCGGUCAAUCUUAGGUUAGGAAUUUGCAUGUCAUUGACUUCUUUAUGUGCUGUUUUCAGACUUUUUGAGGAAUUUAUUUUAUUGUUUUCUUUCCCUUUAUUUUCCAAAAGAUUGGCCUUGUAUUGUAUCUUGAGAGUUGAUUAUAGCAAAGAGAAAAAUGCUCAGGUCACAGGCUUGUUGUAGCAAAUUUUCUUUCUUCUUGUCUUAUACAUAGAUGAAGUCAAAAUGAUGAUGCUAUUGGUGACAAUCUCUAUUGUGAUCAGGUAAAUUAUAGUCAUAUAUUUUCUUCAAGACAUCAAUGCAUAAUUUAGAGCACAAUACAAACUUUUCCCUUUUGA